UGUCUGUCUUUACUAGAUUCAGCCAGCGUAUAUUUGCUCUCAGCCUUGGAUCUCAGAGUCCAAUUUUGACAGCUCUGUUUUUCCCACUAUAGUUCUUAAAGAAUCUUGGUUUUCACACCCCUUCAAAGUUCGAUUCUAUCUUCUUCUUCCUGUCCUGUAUUUCCAGCCGUAUGAAAGUCUUUUCCCAUCAAUAAUGGACCAAAUUUCUAUUGUCUUUCGCUUUCGAAUCCAAUACCUUUUACCCAGAUCUUGAUUUCUUGUUCUUUACUCUUUCCUCCUGUCCGAGAAUGUACUAAUGCAUUGUCUUUCUCAUCAGCCUCACACCAAAGAAUCAAAAUUUUGUUAGAAUGAUGAAAACCGACAUGCUCAAACUAGUUCUUGGACUAGCUUCUGCAACUCUGCUGGCAAUUCUCAUGCUUUUCAUCUUCUUUUACCGCAAAAGAAGGGUGAGAAAUGGUCGUGAAGAUGUAGAAGAUAUGGACCUGAAAGAUGGAGAUGAGGCAGAGAUGGAGGACUUGAUUACUUUCAGCGGGGGAGAGGACCUGACAAUCUGUGACAUAUUGGAUGCUCCAGGGGAAGUGAUAGGAAAGUCCAACUUUGGCACGCUGUAUAAGGCGUUAAUGCAGCAGAGCAACAAGCUGAGGCUGCUCAGGUUUCUGAGGCCUGUGUGCAGUGCAAGAGGUGAAGAAUUUGGUGAAGUGAUUCGGCUGCUGGGGUGUGUAAGGCAUCCAAACUUGGUGCCUCUUCUGGGAUUCUACGCAGGGCCGAGGGGUGAGAAGCUUCUUAUUCAUCCGUUUUACAGGCACGGCAAUCUGGCAGAAUUCAUUCAAGAUGGUAAUGGGGAGUCUUUCAAAUGGGCAAACAUUUACAGCAUUUCAAUUGGAAUAGCCAAGGGACUGGAACAUCUCCAUACAGGAAUGCACAAGCCCAUAGUCCAUGGAAACAUCAAGUCAAGAAACAUACUUUUGGAUCGCAAUUACCAACCAUGCAUCUCUGAUUUUGGCCUUCAUCUUCUGUUGAAUGCUACUGCUGGCCAAGAAAUGCUUGAAGCUUCAGCAGCUGAGGGAUACAGAGCCCCUGAGCUGAUCAAAAUGAAGGAUGCAAGCGAAGAGAGUGACAUAUACAGCUUUGGGAUAAUCUUGCUGGAACUUCUUUCAGGAAAGGAACCAAUCAAUCAGGACCCAACUCCUGAUGAGGAUUUUUAUUUGCCCAACUUCAUGAGAAAUGCUGUGCUUGGACAUAGGAUUGCAGACAUAUUUCAUCCAGGCAUACUUGUCAGCAACAUGCAUGAUGGCCAUAGAGAGGUUACUGAAGAAAGCAUUCUCAAAUUCUUUCGGCUUGCCAUGUCUUGUUGCUCUCCUUCCCCUUCUCUGAGGCCCAAUAUUAAGCAGGUCAUUUGGAAGCUUGAAGAUAUUGGAAAAUAAGCAAGUUUGGGACUUCUGCAGAAAAUCAAACCAAGAUCAACAUGAUUGAUAUAUCAAUUCUCCAAGAUCAACACGAUUAAUAAUAAUGACAGUGACGACAUUGACGUAUAUAUGAAAAGUAUAAAUAAUACGGCCGAAGCAUAAUGGUUGAAAAUUUUGGCUUUGGAACAUGGAUGACAGGAUUACUGAUGCUUAUGCUGAUGCUGAUGUUUAUGGAGAAACAGAUGCACUUUCUGGCCACCCAUCAAGGAACGUAGGAUUGUUGAUUAACUGAUUAUGUUUGUCAGAUUUCAGAGUUCUUUAUUGCCAAAAAUCAGCAGCUCAAGAUUGUGGAUUCUCU